AUGCUCCUAGACAUGGUUGUGGUCGUGACGACCGGCCUGGCUGACGUAAGCCUACCCUUUUUCCUGGAUGCAGAGAUGGAAAGGCAGUCGGUGCUUCCUUUCCUACGCCUGUUGCGAGUGUUGCGGCUGUUGAAGAUCUUCCAAGUUUGCCAGCCGCUGCGAAUUAUCGGGCGCGCCGUCGUGAAGGCAUUUGGUGUUGUGGUGCUGGUCGGUUUAGUCGUUGGCGUGUUAAACUUCGGCCUUGCCAUUAUCCUCACGACCCUCGUGGGACAGAGGGCUACCCCAUGGGCCGUCGACGAGACAGAGGAGGAUAUCGAAACUUGGUUCGGAUCCAUCGGCCGUUCCAUGCAAACCCUGUUCACCAUCCAGACGCUCUCUGGGUGGGACCACAUCGCCGCGGUUCUCAGCGGAGUCUAUCCCAGCACAGUUGUGGUCCCUCUCAUCAUCAUCUAUAUGAUGCUUUGCUGCUUCGCCGUGAUCGGGCUCAUCACCAGUGUUAUCAGCGACUCUUUCAUGGCUUCUCAGCAGAAGGAGCAGAAGAAUCAGGAGGUUGGAAAGGCUCUCAGGUACGAGAACGUGACGCGGCACCUGGAAGAAUGGUUCUUUCAAUAUGGAAGGAGUCUUCCCGGAUGUAUUGGCCGCGAAGAGUUGGAGAAAGCCCUCUCAGAGCCGCAGGUGAGUUCGCUGCUGCUGAGUAUGGAGCGUCCGGCAAAGAAGACCGAGAUUCUGAAGCUCUACGACCGCAUCAACAAGGAGCCCUCUUUCAGUGGUCGGGUUCAGGCAGGUCACAUGGCCGAGGCCGUCGUAACUUUGAGCAGUGAAGCCAAAGUGCUGCGGGCUCAGUAA